UAAUAUUUUCCGCCAGAGUCACAUGUGGCACGAGUGCAAAUGACACAAAACUGCUAGUUAAUUCGUUUUGAUGCUGCAGCUCUCGAUAUGCCGUCAGAUUUUGGGUCCCAGAGUGCUUAUUAUAGUGUGUGUUACCGUUCAAACGAUAUUUAAUUUAGUUUAUCCAGGAAAAAUGAAGCAGUGUGUGAUUUUGACCGUGGCUUGGCUCCUCAUGUUUCUCCUUUUGCUCUACGUUACGGGACCGCUUUUGAAGGUGCAGAUUGAGAAGAACGAAAAAUUGGAGCAAAACCUGCGCGUCAUCUCUAAGCGAUUGUCCCACGCAUUCCGACAGUUGGAAAAACUCAGAAGACAUUACGAAGAGUUAAAAAAGAUGAUUAAAGUCGGCUUUUCGUAUCAAAAUAAAACCAUCAGGACUUUGUUGGAGAGAGAGAAGGCAAUGAACGAAGGGUCGGCCAUAAAGGCUUGCAACCCUGUGCCCCCGAGGAUUGAGUACGAGCAGACGAGACGAAUGAUCCAUUCUGCAGUGCGGGACAUGUGGUCGUAUUUGGAAACCAGGUUUAAAUCAAUAUUGGAUACCCAUGAGAGCGAGAACAAGUCUUUCCCCGAGGAGGUGAAAAGUCUGCUUGUGGGAUCAGCGGGACGGAUUCAGUUUAUUUUGAAGUACCUGGACAAACUGCCAAGCGUGGACGGUCACGCGAGUUGGCGCCAGUCUGAAGCCAGAUAUUUGAGCACGAUCAUCCAAAAUAGAAUCAAACUGCUGCAAAAUCCACCGAAUUGUGCGGCGGCGAAAUAUCUGAUGUGCCAAUUCAGUUCGGAUUGCAACCGUCUCGCUUGCCGGCUGGAAAGGGUGACUGCGUGCCUAGCUGAGGCGUACCGAAUGCUCAGAACGCUCGUCAUCGACGACAACGCGUGGAACACGAAUUUCCUGCCGCUCAGUCAAGUGUGCAGUGAUAUUCAAAAUAAGGAAGAAUAUGUUGGCGUCCCUUGGCCUGGGUCUCCCCACGACAUGAGGAUCGACCUGAGCCAGGAUGAAAACGUGUUCAGCUGGAAAGUUGUUCCAUACGAUUUUUCCCAGCAUUUGAACAGACUCAGAGGUGAUCCCCUUCUCUGGUGGAGAGGACAACUUUACUCGUACUUGAUGCGGCCUCUGCCAACCAUGAACAAUCUUUACCACCGCGUCAAAGAAAGGAUCAAAUUUUAUCGAAAUCCGAUAAUUGGAAUUUGCGUGGACGAUGAAGGCCUGUUGGACGACCUGAUCAGCGUCGUUGAGCACCGAUACUCGCAGUUGGAAAUGAAGGAUAUUUCGCUGCAGAGGCGAAUUUUCAUUUCAAGCAAUAACUGGGACAUACCACAAAAGAUUAAAAAGAUAUAUCCGCACAUCGACACCAUGUAUGUUUCCGAGGAAUUAAUGAUAGAGGUUGGAGCUGAAGAAUUUGCAGAAGAUCGGUUUGAGUUUCAGAAGGAUAUACUUGAUGUCCACUUCUUGCAAAACACCGAGUUCAUAAUAUCUGCAAGCCAAAGUAACAAGCUUUGUCACAUUGCUCUGGCACUGAAAAUGAACCACACAGACGCUCAAAUGGUGUCUCUAGGGAACAUCAGCGCCUCCGACCACAAAAGAUAUUUGGACUAUAUGUGCAUCAUUAAACAUGUAGCUCAAAAUGAAGAGGAAAUAGACCUCAACCUAGGAGAUUCAGUGAUAAACGUGGAAAAAUUGCCAAACGGCUACUCAAAGGGCGUCAAUAAGGUCAGCCGACGGGCAGGAUUGUUUCCCUCAUACAAAGUUGCUGGCCUCACUAGAUACAAAAAAUUUUACGACUUUAAAGGGACUGUUUCAACAACCAAGAUAACCACUAAAGCAGAGCAAACAACAGAGGAGGUGUAUGAAUAUGAGGACUAAAUAAUUACUAAAUC